UCUAGACGUUUAAUCUUUUAAAUUAUCUGAGCGAAAGACAGCUCAAAAAAGUACAAAGGGGUUUGUUUAAAUGUAACUCUUGCGAUAUUUUGAGGAAGGUUUGCUAAAGUUACCAUUGAAGUCGUUGACAAAGCGACACUGAGACAAGAGUCACUCAAACAGUUACACUUCACAGUCCACUUAAAACGGUUGCCCACAAUGAAAGUUUCUGCAUUUCUCGUUUUUGCUGCAGUAGUUUUGUUAGGAAAAUGCGCAAAGCUACCAAAAGAUUCCAAAACCAGCAAUACGGCCAAGGUCGUUUCCAAGGUUACGAAAGUCAAAGCUGUAACAACAAAACAAGAUGUAGCUAAGAGUACAAAACAUGAUGGAGCUGCAAAAGUAAAAGUAGUUGCAAAAGAUGGUUCGAACAAGGUUGAGCCUUCCAGCAUUAAACACUCAACAUCAACAACUAAAACUUCAACUAAACCUCUCGCUCAGAAAAUUAUAAAAACUGGGAAAGUUGCAGCGAAGAAGAAUAAGAAGAACAGCUUUUGGUCGCCAAAGUCAGUCAUUGUGCCGCACCAAGAUACAGGAGAACGGGACGCAAUAGUGAACAGCCAUAUUGCCAGGAAUCCAAUACUGGACAGCCUUUAUGAACAAAGAUACGCAGCUCUGGAAAAAGUUUCUGCGCUCAACAAUCAAAUCGACACGCUUUUGAACCGAAAACCAGUGACAGAUGGAGCCAGUGAAUCUUCAUUUUUCAGGCCGGGAGCUUUCGAUUCUGGUACUUAUGGUGUUCAAGGCGGUACUAUGUUCCUUGGGCCUGCGAACGCGGGGGAUAUUGUCGGGAUGGAAUCUGCAAAGAAAAGGGAUGAAUCGUCCUCAGGAAGACAAAAAAAUGGUGCCAUUCCUGAUGCUAGUUCUGCGAGUCCUGUUUCGUACAGCUCACAAAACGAUUUGAAUAAUGCUCCUGUAGAUAUGCCGCAGCCAUUGCCGGACGCCGAUCCGUUCAUCUCGCCAGAAGGCAACGCAGCGGAUAAUGAACAGCAAAAUUCAUUGACUUUGAAGCAUAGCAUGGCCUACUCACCUGAAGACGUGGAAAAUCCGCUAGUGCUUGGCGACCCCAAGAUGUUUGAUUCAGCAUGCUCGGUCUUAAAGCUAACAUUCGAGCACACACAAGGAUCCACGGUUCUGGAUGACUCCCCACAAGGCAACAAUGCUGAACUCGAUGACGGUGCUUAUGUCUCGGACCAACAGGCAAAGUCUGGACUCUCGUUACAUAUUGGAGAAGAUGGGCACAUGGAGAUACCAGAAUCCUUCAAAGGCAAGCCAACCAGAGCAGCAGCCGUUUCCAUGUGGGUGAAACUUCAAGAUGUGUCAGGAAAAAAACCGUUGUUUCAAACUUAUGAAAAUGAAGAAUCGUUACACUAUGAUCUGUCGGUGGUGGAUGGAAGGUUAUCUUGGGGACAUCUAGAUGACAUUGGCAAGGUAAUAUUCCAUGUAACGGCCGAUGAGAAUGCAAAAUUCACGCCGAGAAAAUGGCAUCACAUUGUUGGAGCCUACAGUGACAAAACGAAAGAAGCAACCCUGUGGCUGGAUGGAAAGAAAGUUGGAAAGGAAGAAAAUGUUUCAGGGCUUUUGUCUCGGAAUUGGGACAGGGUUUCUUUGUUUAAAGGCAAGACUUCUGGUGAUGCAGAUAAUGUGUUUAUGUUUCGCUGUUCGUUGGACAGAACCAAGGUCGUGGCUUUGUAUGUUGCUGCAGCUUCACCUAAGGAUGCAAAACGCUCGCAAAUUCCUAAAGUUAAAAAAAGUCACCAAAAACUUUACUUCAAAGGGUGUGUAUUUUUCGCUACCCUAAGUGGAAACUCUUCAUUGCACUAAAAGUGGCAAAAGAACUACCAUCUCUUCAAGCACCAAAUUUCAUCUUAUACCUUUGUCAAGCUUUAUAUUUUAAAAAAUAGUGUUGAAUCAAGUCAUCAAAAUAUCAUACUCUGGGAGAAGACACAGACCAUCGGAGUGCGGACAUUUUCAAAUUAGACCCAACUUGAUUCUAAUGUCAUGCCCUUAAAUCUCCUUAUCACAGUAUUAAUUUUAUGCUAUCAUAUUUUUAGUAAAAAUACACAGGUGAUUAUUGAAAAUCUUGCGCGCUGAUUGGUUGAGAAACUCACACUAUCACAAGAUAAUCACCUCCAGUGAUAAUCAAAAAUGGC